AUGGCUCCAUCAGGAAUCGUACCCCUAACGGCCCUGCCCGAACAAAACUAUCUCCAGCCCAAGUUCAUAAGGGACGUGGACGAGCGGCCCAAGGUGGCCCACAACAAAUUUAGCGACGAUAUUCCGGUUAUCUCCCUUGCCGGAGUAGAUGGCGGCGACCGCGCGGAGAUAUGCCGCAAAAUCAUCUCGGCUUGCGAGGAUUGGGGAAUUUUCCAGGUCGUUGACCAUGGGGUUGACUGGGAGUUGGUCGAGAGCAUGAACCGUUUGGCUCGCGAGUUUUUCGAAUUGCCGGCCGAAGAGAAGCUCCGGUUCGACAUGUCCGGUGGGAAAAAGGGGGGUUUUAUCGUCUCUAGCCAUUUGCAGGGUGAAGUGGUAAAAGAUUGGCGCGAGAUAGUGACGUACUUCUCCUACCCAAUAAAGGCCCGUGACUACACGAGAUGGCCCGACAAGCCCGAGGCCUGGCGGGCCGUGACGGAGGCCUACAGUGAGAGUUUGAUGGACCUGGGCUGCAAGUUGCUGGGGGUUCUGUCAGAAGGAAUGGGCCUUAAGAAGGACGCUUGGGCCGAAGCUUGCAUUGAAAUGGACCAGAAAGUGGUGGUCAAUUUCUAUCCCAAAUGUCCACAGCCGGACCUGGCAUUGGGCCUAAAGAGGCACACGGAUCCGGGUACAAUCACUCUACUGCUCCAAGAUCAGGUGGGCGGGCUGCAGGCGACCCGUGAUGGUGGCAAGACAUGGAUCACGGUCCAGCCCGUGGAGGGUGCUUUUGUGGUCAAUCUUGGUGAUCAUGGUCAUUAUCUAAGUAAUGGGAGGUUCAAGAAUGCGGAUCACCAAGCCGCAGUGAACUCGACCUGCAGCCGUUUAUCGGUGGCGACUUUCCAAAAUCCGGCACCCAAUGCCACGGUUUACCCUCUGAAAAUCGAGGAAGGCGAGAAGCCGAUAAUGGAUGAGCCAAUCACGUACGCUGAGAUGUACAAGCGGAAGAUGAACAAGGAUCUCGAGAUGGCUAGGCUCAAAAAAAUGGCUAGGGAGAAGUUGUUGCAAGAGGAGGAGCUUGAGAAGGCAAAAGUUGAAGUUGAAGUUAAAGUUAAAUCCAAAGGUCUUGGGGAAAUUCUAGCUUAG